AUGGGACAAAUUGCAAGAGAGCUAAAGAACAGACCCCAAGGGACAUUGCCUAGCUCAACCGAGCUUCCACGCAAUCCAGGGAAUACAGGGAAAGAACACUGCCAAGCAGUCACCCUAAGGAGUGGAAAGGCGACGACAAAAGUUAGAAAAGAGCCUCACAAGACCGAGUCAAAGGAGCAACCUGUGAUUGAAUCAAAGAAGGCUCUAUCGCAGAUUGAAUCAAAGGAGUCUAAAACUAGGGAAACAAAAGAUGCGAUCACCUCUAAGCCUCCAGACCAUGAAACAUUGAAAGUACAGCUACCUCCAUUUCCUCAAAGACUGAAAAAGAAACAUAACGAUGAAAGGCAGUAUCAUCGUUUCUUGGAAAUAUUGAAACAAUUGCACAUCAAUAUUUCAUUCAUAGAAGCGAUAGAGCAGAUGCCGGUGUAUGUGAAAUUUUUGGAGGACAUUGUCUUGAAGAAGAGAAGCAUGAGAAGAUUCGCCAUGGUGGCAUUGACACAAGAAUCCAAUACUAUAAUCCCACCAAAGAUGCGCGACCCAGGACAGCUAACACUCACAACGGUGACUCUUCAACUUGCAGAUAGGUCCUUGGUGCACCCUAAAGGGAAAUUAAAGGAUGUCUUGGUAACAAUAGAUAGAUUCAUUCUACUGACAGACUUCAUUAUCUUAGAUUAUAAGGCGGAUAAAGAUGUUCCAAUUAUAUUAGGACGACCAUUCUUGUCUACUGGUCAUGCUCAAAUAGAUAUGCACAAGGGAGAAAUCACAAUGAGCAUCAACGGAAAGAAGCUCAGGUUCAAUAUUAUUAAGGCAAUGAAGUUCCCAGAUGAGGAAGGCUUAUCAGAUUUCAAUGAUGAACACACUUACGUUGAAGAUUAG